CACGGCGGCGUAUUGCCUAGGGCACAAGCGCUGGCGUCUCUCGGGUGCAAGAGGAAACUUGUCUCCGGGGUGGAGCGUCCCGGGCGCGGGGGCUGAGCCCUGGGCCAGGCUGGCUGGCAGAAAACCAGCUUGACUGGAGCCUGCCGCAUCAAAGGGGAAUCCUCCCCAGCCCUGCACCCCUGGCUGUGGGGGGGACGCAGCCCCCGGUGCACCACGCCGGACCCCACAGCCCUCUCCCCGGGCAGGGGAGGCGAUGGGAUUCCCCUGGCAACCCUGGGCCGUGGGUCUCUGCAUGCAGGGCCGGAUCCUGCUGCUCCCACUCACCCUAUUGCAUGAGCAAGAAGAGAGCAGGGCCCCUCUCCAGCUGCAGGAUGGGGGCUGGGGGGCGAUGCUGCGGGGAGAGCCGGGCUCCACCCAAGGGCUCUGACCAGUCCUGGGCCUGGGAGCUGCACCCAGAGUUGUUCUGUGUCUGACUCAGCCCGUGGAGGGAUUUAUUGGAGAGAACUUCCUGCAUCAGCCGGGGAGGCAGGGAGGGCCCGGGCACCUGCCAGGCCUUCCCCAGCUCCGCCGCGGGGCUCUGCGGUGGGUGCCAGGGCUGGGCAGGGGGGUGAAUUGCGCUGGGCAGACUGCUGCCCUUGCCCCAGCCUGGAAAUCGGGUCCCACCAUCCCUCGGAUGGGCAAGUACCCCGGGGUGCGGGGGAAGGAGGCUGCUUCCUGGCCUGUGACGGCUCUGACGGGUCCUGGGUUCGGUCGGUCAAGCUGGACGGUCCUUGCAGCCUGGAGCUGAGGUGCCACCCGGCUGUGAGCAAGGAGGGCUGAGAUGCCACCAGCUCUACGCCUCCUGGGCCAAAUGCCUCCCCCCCCUGGGAGGGAGUGUAGGGGCAGGGCCUGGGAGCCAGGAUGCCCAUGGCCCACCUCCGCAGGCCUUUGCACUGUGACCGGCGCUGGUUGUGGCUCUGGCUCCUGGAAGGAGGAUGCAGCAGCUCUGGCCUCACUGCUUGCUUCCUCCCCAUCUCUGCAGGAGCUGGGGUCUUGGCCCUGCCUAUGGUGGAGGGGUUGGGGAAGGGACCAGAUACCUGUCCCGGUGCAGAGCCCAGGCAUGUGCCUCCAGAAGCAGUCUGAGGGCAGGCACGGGCCCCCGGGGAGGCUCCUGCUCUUGGCCUGGCUGAGCUUCGGCUGUGCACGCAUCAGCAGCGCUCAGGGGGCCACCCAGGAGCCCCGUCACCGGCGCCAGCUGGGCCGCGGGGAGUGGACGCCGUGGGGGGCCUGGAGCGCCUGCUCCAGCACCUGCGGGGACGGGGUCGCGCUGCGCACCAGGCGGUGCCUCCGGUUCCCAGGAGAGGAGCUGUGCGAGGGGGAGCCCCGGCGGUACCGCGUGUGCCAGCUGCACGCAUGCCCCAGUGGCUCGGUGCCCUUCCGGGCCAUGCAAUGUGCCCUGUACAACUCCAAGCCCAUCCUGGGGAAGCCGGCGCGGUACCAGUGGGUCCCCUUCUACGGAGCUCCGAACCUCUGCGACCUGAACUGCCUGGCCGCGGGGCACAACUUCUACUACACCUUCGGCAGGGUGCUGGACGGCACCCGCUGCAGCCCGGACUCCCCGGAGCUCUGCAUCAGCGGUCAGUGCCUGAGAGCGGGCUGUGACGGGAUCCUGGGCUCUGGCGCCCAGCGCGACGCCUGCGGGCAGUGCGGCGGCAGGAACGAGUCGUGCGUCCUGGUGCAGCGGGUGUUUCGGGCCGCGUUCCCCUCCUCCGGAUACUUCGGAUACAAGAACGUGACACGCAUCCCGGCAGGGGCGACGCACAUCAAAGUGACCGAUGGGAGCCGCAAUUACCUGGCACUGAUGACGGCGGAGCAGCACUACGUGAUCAAUGGGGACUGGGCGGUGGACCCGCCGGGCGUGUACGAGGUGGCCGGCACGCAAGUCCACUACGCCCGCGCUGCCGACGAGCGGGAGAGCCUGGAGGCAGCCGGGCCCACGCGGGAGGACUUGUAUGUCACGGUCCUGUUCCAGGAGCCGAAUCCGGGCAUCGAGUACGAGUUCUGGCUGCCGCGGGGGCACGACGGGCACUUCCAGGCUGACGUCAGCCCCUUGCGGCAGGCGGCGCCCCCGGGGCGCCCCCAGCCCCGGGAAGCCCCCAUGGCCCCCCCCCGCCAGCCCCGACCUGUGCCACGGACCACGCCGGUGCCCACCCCGCCUAGCACCAGGGCCACAGCCAUGCGCAGACCCCCCGGCCGGACGAAGGAGGUGGCUCAGACAGGCAGGUGCGGCCGGUGCCCGAUGCCCAAGGGACGCUCGAAGCGCAUCCAUCAUUACUGCCACAGCGACUUCGUCUUCCAGGCCCGGAUCCUGUCGCAGCGGCUGGUGGGGCAGGAGACGCGCUACGAGGUGCAGGUGCAGCACGUGUACCGCAGCGGGUCCCCGCUGCUGCGCCACGAGUACGUGUGGGCGCCCGACACCUGCGGCUGCCCCCCGCUGCGCCCACGCCACGACUACGUGCUCAUGGCCCAGCGCCAUGUGAACUACGAGCACACACUCAACCGCCUCCUGCUGCCGCCCGGCGCCUACGCCCGGCCCUUGUCACCCCGCGAGGACCGGCACCUGCGCGACGCCGCACGGCACUGCCCCCCCGCCCGCCCGGCGUGAGUGGGAGCUGCGCCAGGGGUCAGCCCUGCCCUAUGCCCCCCAUAUCUAUGGGCAGAUGGGCCCAGGGCUGUGGCAUAGAGGUGCCCCCUGCCCUCCCUCCUGGCUGGGCUGAGAGCAGAAGCCAGCACGGGGGGGUUCACUCUCCUGGUGGGUUGGAAACAGCUGCUGGGAGCGGGGGUAGGGGGUGCAGGGUGCUGGCUUCCCAGGGGAGGGUUGGGGGGUCCCUCCCUGCAGGUCACCCAGUGGUCACCUGCUCCCCUGGGGCAAGGUGGAGAUCCAGCCCCCUAUGCCCAUGUGUGCAUGUGCACUGCAGAUCCCACUGUGCACACGCAUGUUGUGUAUGCACCCGCUAGCACCUGCCCCUUGCAAGCCAUGUCACCCAGAUGCACGCACACAAGCUUUUAGGUCAUGCAGAUGGUACACGUGCACCGCCCCCAGGCCAGCCCAGCCAUGCACGCAGGCUCUCUGACUGCAGCCCACCCCCCUGUGCCGUUCCCUGGGCACACCUGACCCAUCUCGGCCUCGGGGCAGAGUGCCUGUGUCUGUCAUUCACACCCAUCCCUGCCCCUGGAGGGGGGGACUUUCUCAAGGGAGCUGCUCCGUGGACAUGCUGCCACGUGGCACCGAGGGAGGGGGCAGGGCCCGAUUGUAGCUGGGUGCAUUGGUGGACCAGCCCCAGGCACCAGGUUGCUGGAGGGGGGUGGGGGGAUGUGUGUAGAAGCCAGACUUGGCCACUGCCCUGGACCCCCCCCCACCCCCCACCCCCAGCUCUUCCUUCCUGGGAAUUGCAUUUAUACUUUUCCUAACUUAUUUUUUUGCUAAAAGAAUAAAAAUCCAUUGCUGUGGUAUUAACUUAACCCUCUGGGGCCU